AUGAUUCACUUUUUCGGAAUUGAUGACUGGCUUACCACUUCGGGAAGAACCUGCAAUAUCAAUAUGAAGAAGUCCAUUCUUUGUGCUUUGACUUUUAUUCUUCUUUUUGCUUCCGGCUUGAUGCAAUUUUUCUUCAUUGAACAUUUCAAAUUGGUGGUCCCUUCAGUCGGACAUGCCGUUCUUUUCCUUUUUGAGCUCAUCUGUAUGCUCGUCUUCAUUCAUGCUCUUUUCAAUGAAAGAGCCCUUCUUUUUCUACCAUUUGUGGUAGCCGAGAUUGUGAGAUGCGUCUGCCUUACAAUUGUAAUCAUCUUUUACAUUGUGAAAAUGUUCCGAGACGGCGAUAAGGAAUUUGAAAAACCAAAAUUCGCGUUACCGGCUCUUAGUUAUGACAGCACACAUAAGAGUGUAAUGUUCAUGACGAAACUUGUCAUCCAUUUGAUCUUCACGUGUUUUGCUCAUAUCAUUCUCGCGGCAACUGCCUACCGCUGUUAUCAGAUUUACUCAUGGCCAACGCGUCGAAACAGAAUGAAUAGCGCUGAUUACCAUCCAACGCAGCCGAUGCACUCAGUUAUUGUGCUUGAGCAGCCAAUUGAGCAGGCUAUGUAUGGAAAGAAACCAUGA